AUGUCAACUAUUCAAAAUAUUAUAUAUUCUGCCGUCAAAAGGUGGAUCACAAAACUCAAUCUCACGGUCUGUGCGGCUCAGCCCAGUGGCACAUAUAGCGGUGGCAAUAAACGACGAUUAAACAUUGCGUUAGCAUUAAUAGGAAAUCCCUCGCUUGUUUUAAUGGACGAGCCAACCACAGGCGUGGAUCCAGCAGCUCGAAGAUCAUUAUGGAAUACGUUGAAAACGUGUCAGGACGCCGGGCAAUCGAUUAUACUGACAUCGCACAGCAUGGAAGAGUGCGAAGUCCUUUGUAACCGAUUAGUAAUUAUGGUGAGAGGUCAGCUGGUGUGCGUUGGUGCAAGCCAAGAAUUGAAGCAACGCUUCGGUACUGGUUACAAUAUUCACAUCAAGUUGAAGCAAGACCAUCGCAAUUCAGAUAUUUCUCAGAUUAAAAUCCGAAUUGAAUCCGCAUUGACUUGUAAGUUAAUCGAUGAAAACAGUGGGUUCAUUGGAUACCACAUAACUGAUGCUAAAACAACGUGGACCAAGAUGUAUUCAAUUAUGGAUGAAUUGAAGAAUAAUUACGAUUGCAUUGAAGAUUUCGCUGCAUUAUCAUCCACACUAGAACAAUUAUUUCUCCAACUAGCUUGAGCUUUUUUACUUGAGUAUUACAUAUGUUAUGAAAUCACUUUCAGAAAUAUUUUUAUAUCAAUACCUCUUAACA